AAUAUAUUUUAGUGGUGCAUGAGAAGCUUUGGAAAGAGGUUUUUAUUUUUGCAAGGGAAGAUUUUUCUGAGCCAUGUUCUAAACGUACAUUGAAUCAUUCAUGCAGAAAGACAUGCAUCUCAGAGAUUUACAUAAAAACUCAAAAGGAUUUUAUCUUUAAGUGCGAUAGAACCUGCACUCUCUUUCACUAGAUCUAAAUGAAAUUAAAAUAAUUUAACCUAUGAAUCGAAAAAAGAAGACAAAAACAGCUUUAUUUUAAUUAUGAAUGAUAGUUUUGUUUUUUUUUAACAUUAAAUGCAGAAUGAAAGAUGACCUUCAUGUGUAUCUGAUAAGAUUCAUGGGGAGUUCCAACAAAUGUUCACAUACCAGCAUUUGUGAAGAGACGUCGACUCCUUCACCAUGUUGCUCUCCUCGUUGCUGCUGCUGCUGCUGCUGGUCAGCGCUUCACAAGCCACUCAUUUCCUGGGCACCAUGAUGACCUACUACCCACAAGAAACUUUUGCAGACGGUUCAGUCUCUGUGAUCCUUCGCUAUAAGUUGAAUUUUGCUACAUGCUCAUAUUUGGAUACGUGGCAAUGUAGUGGCAACUGUGGAGCACAAACCCAAACACUCAAUUUGUCUGUGGUUGAGGAAGUAAGCGGUGAAUGGUGUCAGAGAGAAGGAGCGAUAACUCAUCUGCUCCACAACAACACUGGAUUUCAGACUGUGUUUGCUGGAGGAAACUGGAUCGAUAGUAUACAAAAUCGUAUUGUAUCCUGGAGAGCUGUGACUGCCGUUGAAAUGAGGAACCGAUCGGACCUCGGAAAACCCAACACAUCCCCACAGACCACCAUCCUCCCUGCUUUGAGAAUCCCUUCAAACUGUGCCAAAAACAUAGAUUUAUUGGCCUUUGACCCUGAUGGAGACGAAGUGAGAUGCAGAUAUGGGAACACAUUGGCUUCAGAGUGCAACCCGUGUACACCGCCGUCUGUCCUCAGCGUCUCAUCCACCUGUUCUCUGUCAUUCAGCCCAACCAACAGCAGUACUGAGCUUCCAUACGCCGUCCAGUUGGUGAUCGAGGAUUUUCCCAAACAGAGCAUAAUUCUGACUCAAACUAACGGCUCACAGGAGGUGAAAACCACCAAUGAUGCCAUCAGCAAGAUUCCUCUGCAGUUUGUUUUGAAAGUGGGUCCACCAGUACCGUCCUGUGCAGAAGGCGCCUAUCUGCCCAGGUUUCUGCCUCCAACUCCAGAGAACCGAGCUCAGCUCUACAGCCCCGCUGGUCAAGCUGUGGUAAUCAACAUCAGCGCUGAGGCGACUCAGUCUAACAUCACCGGCCUCCUGUUCAGCGGACCGAACAACGCGGUGAAGACUUCUUUAGGAUCGGGAAGCUUCUCUCUGACCUGGACGCCAUCUGCCAGUGAAGAUGGACAGAGCCACCCCAUCUGUUUCGUUGUCCAGGCAAAUUACUUGAACACCUUGUUAUACUCUGACCUUCGGUGCGUCAUUGUGACAGCUGGAAACAGCCCAACGACUCCAACUACACCAAAUGUCAUCGUAUCAAACCAAACCAUCCUCCAAAAUACUGCAUUUACAGCUCCAACUACAACUACAACCACACCAAUCCUCACAAACCAAACAACUAUGCAACCCUCUGUAGCUCCAACUACAACUACACCAAACAUCAUUGUAUCAAACCAAACCAUUCCCCAAAGUGUAGCAGUUACAGCUCCAACUACAACUACAACUACUACACCAUCCCCCACCACCCUGGCUUCAACCAAAGCAAACGUAACAACCUCUGCUCCAGGACCUCAAUAUAUUAUCGCUCUGAACAUGAUGAUCUCCACAACGCUGUCGAUGGAGGAUAAUUCUGAUUACAUCUUAGCUCUGAUUAAAACCAAACUGAUUGAGAAAGGGCUGCCUUCAACCAUAAGUCUUCGCCUCCUGAGCAGCGGUCAAGUGGUCGUCACAACAGCGAGUCCCUAGAGAAACAUCACCAAGAACCAACUGAUCUCUAAAGGGAAAUAUGUUCAGAAGACAUGAAUAUAUUUUUAGGGGUGAUUAAUUUUUAAAUCUUUUUGCUUUUUGUGUUUGUAAAACCAUCAAUAAACCUGUAUAAUUUCUGGGUACAAGAAAAUAUAAUGAUAUGAUUCAGCAUAUAGACAUGAAUUAUUUUUAAUUUCUUGAUGAAUUGUGGAUUUUAUGUUAAAAAAUAUGUAUUUGUAUGGCAUAGAAUGAUAGUUAACAUUUGUUUCUGAAACACCAUUGAAAUACAGCAGGUAAAUAUAUCAGUUGUUUCCACAUGUACAUGAAUAUCUGAGAGUACUUUGAUAAUUUUGGGGGUAAAAAAGGAUUUAAUCAAUGGACAUGAGAAAAGCUUGAUCUUAUUCUGCAUCCAAACAUUACCCUCU